AAAGAACAGCAGACAAGAACAAAUCGGAGAAACUUGCCUGUUUUAUGAACAGAAGAAUGGCUACAACAUCCUUUGCACUGUGGCUGCUACUUGUGGGGGCAGUCUUGCCACAGGGCUGCUGUCAGCACUGGUCAUUUGGACUGAGCCCGGGAGGGAAGAGGGAUCUGGACGGUCUUUCAGACACACUUGGGAGUCUAGUUGAAGGGUUUCCACACAUGGACACACCCUGCAGUGUUUUUGGUUGUGCAGAGGAAUCACCUUUUGCGGAAAUCUACCGAACAAAAGGAUUUCUUGGCAGUGUUACCGACAGGAAAAAUGGUCACGGAACAUAUAAAAAAUGA